UUGGCAGCCGCUGUUGUUUUCGGCGGAACUAUCGUGAGCAGCCGGGGGGGGGAGGGGGGAGAGAGACCAAGUGAGGAAAGAGGGAAACUGCGGGAAGCAGCGGCGCUGCCGCCAGAGGAGACGCGCUAGCUUCGGCCAACAAUGCUGAACUUUAAAAAAGAAAGGUGUAGCAUACUGAAACAGUCUUAGUGCAAGACUGAAAAUGCGACCAGCGGAGAGUGAAGCUAAGGCAAAAACCAAGGUCCGUUUUGAGGAAAUCUUCAGGACCCAUUCUGGCCUUACAGACAGGAAGAAAUUAAAGAAGAAAAAGUUUCACUCGCAAGAGAAUAUUGCACUUGACACUUUCAGCAAUAAUCUUGAACUCGUGAAAGACAAUGGUAAUGAUGAGGCAAUUAUAAACACUUACAGUCCUCAAGACGAGAGUCCCCAAUUUCCAAAACACAAACUAAGAGACAGAAGUUCAGUUAUAGAAAAAAUAAACAAAGUUGUUGUUAGUGGAGAGGAAAACAAGCAACCAAAGUGUAACAAGAAGAAAAAGAAAGCUCUGUUACAAGAACAACUUAAUGAGGAUGAAAAUGUAUAUGAAACUAAAUUGGAGAGUUUUGAAAAAAAGAUUAAUGAUUUUCCAAAGGAAAAAACAAGAAGUAAAUCACAGACAGAUGCACCUCAUCAAGAAGGUGACAAAAAGAUAAAAAGUGCCUUGACUGAAGCGAGAGAGAUAACUGAAUUAGAAGAGGAAGAACAGCUAAUUCAAGCCUACCAGCUGCAAGUGGCUGAGGAUGAGGUAAAUGCAAUUAAAAAGAAAAUAAGAAAAAAACUUAAAGAACAGAUGUCUGAAUUCACCUCCAGUGUUCAAAGCCCUGAAGUUGUACUGAAUAAUGAAGUGGGCAAAAAGAAGAAAAAGAAGAAAGAAGUGCCAGUUGUAAAUGAAGCUGAAGCAAGUGCAAUGUCCCUCUCUGAGUUGCAGCAGGAUCCCAUAGACGAUGAUCAUGACAAAAAAAAAUCAGGAAGAUUGCUUGCAUCGUGUUGUAAAGACGAUCAUGCGACUACAGAAGAACAAAUAAUGGAGGAAGAAGACAUGGAGAAACAGAAACUUAAAGCUAAGAAGGCAAAAAAAUCUAAAAAAGUAAUAGAAGAAAAUGCAGCUAUUGAUGCACAGAAUAUACAGGAAAUUAUUAGGCCAGAAGCUUCAGCUCAAUCCAAAUUUGUUUCUGAUGAUGGUCUUGUGCUAGGGGUUUAUAUCCAUCGAACUGAUCGGCUUAAAACUGACCUGCUGGUAUCGCAUCCUAUGGUCAAGAUUCAUGUGAUUGAUCAAAAGACAGGACUGUAUGUCAAGAAAGAACAUAGUAACAGGGCGGUUUCAUCAUACUAUGAACAAGAGCGAGUUGAGCACAUUCUUCCUAUUAUGACCCAGCCUUAUGAUUUCAGAAAGUUUAAAUCAACGCUUCCAGAAUGGGAAGAACAAAUCAUAUUUAAUGAGCAUUUUGGUUAUUUUCUUCAAGAUGCUGAAGGAAGCCCUAGAGUAAUUCUGUUUUUUGAGAUCCUUGAUUUUUUAAGCAUGGAUGAAACAAAAGCCAACAUUGAAGUACAAAUUCAGGAAAGUGGAUUUCGCAAAAUCUGUUGGGCAUUUCUAAAGCUUGUAGGUGCAAAUGGACUUCUCAAUAUUGAUGGAAAAGUACGUCUGCAAUUAUAUUAUCCACCUUCAAGGACCAAAACACACUCAAACGUUGUUGAGGUGUUUCACUGGUGGGCAAAGUGUCCUAGAAACCGUUACCCAUCAACUUUAUAUGUAACUAUAAAAGGAAUAAAACUUCCAGAUCAUGUAGAUCCUUCUUUCCGUUCUAUGAUGGCUCUUCAGCAGGAGCAAGGUAGCACAUCAUUCUGUGAGCUGCAGAAUGAGGUCUCUAAAAAAGAUAGUGAAUCUGGUCCAGAAGAGAAAAAAGAGCAGUUUAAAUGGACAAAACUGCCCGGGCAGGUUUGUCGUAUACCAAACAAACACCUAUUUUCACUACGAGGAGGUGAUAUGGGAUGUUUCUGUGUUCGUUUUUCUCAUGAUGGAAGAACAUUGGCAGCAGCUUGUGCUGGAAGAAAUGGUUAUCCUAUUAUUUUGUAUGAGAUUCCUUCUGGACAAUACUUGAGAGAAUUAUAUGGACACCUUAACAUUGUAUAUGAUCUUUGUUGGUCCAAAGAUAAUAAGUACCUCCUUACUGCAUCCUCUGAUGGCACUGUCAGGAUGUGGAAAAUUGAGACCCAGGCUACCUCUGCUGUGAAAGUUUUCCCUCACCCUUCUUUUGUGUACACUGCGAAGUUCCACCCAAUUGCUGACUAUCUGGUGGUGACAGGAUGUUAUGACACUGUGAUUCGGGUAUGGAAUGCAAAAGUGAAAGAAAUCUAUGGUCAGCUGUUGCAGGAGUUUGAGGGUCACAAAAGCUUUAUCAAUACACUCUGUUUUGAUACCGAAGGACUUUACAUGUUCUCAGGAGAUAGCUCGGGCCUCAUUAUAAUUUGGAAUACUUUUGUCAAAGGAAAUUCUCAACAUCCAGUCCAGCAUUGGAGUAUUAUGAAGGAAGUAAACGAUGAUGAUAUGAAAGGGGUUCCAAUAAAUCAUUUGGAGGUACAUCCAAAUGGAAGGCGCUUAUUAAUCCAUGCCAAAGAUAGUACUCUGCGAAUUAUGGAUCUCAGAAUCUUGGCCUCAAAGAAAUACAUAGGUGCCACAAAUUACAGAGAAAAGAUUCAUAGUACCUUUACACCAUGUGGGACAUUUCUUUUCUCUGGAAGUGAAGAUGGAAAAGCAUAUGUUUGGAAUCCAGAAACAGGUGACCAAGUAGCCAUAUAUUCUGACCUCUCCUUCACAUCUCCACUUCGAGAUGUCGCUUUUCAUCCACAUGAACACAUGGUUUCAUUUUGUGCUUUCGGGCAAAACCAGCCAAUACUUGUUUAUAUUUAUGAUUACAAAGUUGCCCAGCAGGAGGCUGAAAGAGUAAAAGAUCUCAAUGGGUCACUUAUAUCAGCAGCACCAAGAGGGACGCAAGUUCUUAACACUUCUUCUGAAAUUCCUUCAACAUUUCCAUCAGAUCAGUUUGUAAAUGUUGCAAGAGAGUCUAUGAGAAAGCAGAAAGUGAAACAGAAACUUGAUUCUGUUACGGCCAGCUCAAAUCUUUUGCUUCCUGCUCCAUCAUUGCUGUCACCACACUCCAAGUUAAAGCUGCCAAGUACUCCGGGCACUUCGUUGAUUCUUCAGCAUCUUUUUACUACUCACAGUGGGAGUUUCAGCCCAGUAGGAAAUCCUCUUAGCCGAACACCAUCAGUCAGACUACAGACGAGUGGUGACUAUCUGGCUACAUCAUGUAUGAGAAUAGGGAAUAGCUCUGCACCACUGCAAGAGACUGUAGUGGCUCUUUAUGACUACACAGCGCAUCGAUCAGAUGAGCUAACCAUCCAUCGCAGUGACAUUAUCCAAGUGUUAUACAAAGAUAAUGAUAACUGGUGGUUUGGCAGCCUAGCAAAUGGACAGCAAGGUUAUUUUCCAGCUAAUUAUGUGGCUGGUGAAACAGAAUAUGAAGAGGAACAGCCUUUGGGAUUAGUGCCAGAUUCUUCUCCUCUUCUAUCAAGUGGACAAACACAAGCAGGAAAAAAAUCUCCAACUCCACAUGGGAUGUCAGCAGUCGUCAUCCAGUCAGGGGACCUGAAAUUUUUCUCAGAACAUGACACAGAUAUAGACUCACCUGCAACACACAGUACAAAGAAAAAGAAGAAAAGGACACAGAAAAAUGAAACAACAGAAAAUGAGCCCAUCUUAAUGGGUUGUGAGACCCCUGCAUCAUCAAUUACUACCGAUGGUGUUGAAAAUGAAUCUAGAGCCCAUGAAGGGGAAUUGAAGAAGAAGAAAAAAAGAGCAGUGACAAACUCAGUCUCCAGUGGGAGGGCAAAUAUUGCCUUUGAGCCUGACAGUCAUAAAGCAUAGCCAUCAUUUGAUUCCAAGUACUGGUGCCACAUUCAUAACAUAGUCAGAAAUGAACUUCAGUGGGAUUUACAUGGACAUAAUAAUCUCACUUUGGGAUUAAUAAAUAAAUGCUUCAAAACCAGUACAUCCAAAUAAAAAUAAUAAUAAAAUAUCCUAGGCUUCAGUCAAAGCUUGAUAACACUGUAGAGCUUAAUUCUUUAAAGGGUAGGGGCAGGGCAGAAGCAGCUCUGGGGCUUUCCCAUGCCUGCAUCAUUGGUGAGGCAAUGGGAGAGCCUGGUGGGGUGGGCGCAGGGAAGGGAGCAGAUGCCAGAAGGAGGAACCUGCACACUGUCAUUGUCCCUGGCUGAGUCAGGCUAGCUACUCCCUUCAGCGUGGAACAGGAACAGCUAU